AUGUGUGGUGAUUUCGUUCGUCAAGACAAUUGGGACAUACCUGGUAAUGACAUAUUAUUUUCUCCUCUACAACAAUCUGAUUAUGCUAGCUGUUGCACAAAAUGUCAAACAACUUCUGAAUGUGUUGCUUUUACGUAUUCGCCAUCGAACCAACGAUGCUCACUGAAAAAAAGUACGGGUAGUGGUGGAAACGUAGCUGACAACAGCAUUACAGGUUACCGUCGAUUGAGUGUCAGUUUGGUGAUCAAUGGCAACGCCGAGACAGGUCCAUGUCAGACAGGUAGUGGCGUUACACAUCCAACAUUUUGGAACUAUAUAGGUUCAGUGUCACAGACGCAUUAUAAUGAUUCUCAUGCUACCAUGUCUUUUAAGGAUCCAGGACCAAGUGAUCGUGGUCAAUGCUAUUUUAAUGGUCAAUUAUCAUCAACUACCAGCAUGUGGCAAAUGAUCAAUUUAACGGCUGCAGUUAGUUCCACGCUGAUUGACAAACAAAUAGUGUGGUUUAAUAUUUCUGCAUGGAUGGGUGGUUGGAAGGAACAAGAUGAUACGGCUGUUCUCCAGUUGACUUUCCUCAAUCAAGCCAAUCAACAAGUUGGUACUAGUACUACCAUUGGACACGUGGUUGCAAUUGACCGAGGUUAUAAAACCUCAUUGCUCUUUCGCUGGGCCAAUGCUACGGUACCCAUUGGCUCACGUUCAGCAAUUGUACUUGUUACAUUCACUCGUAAUGCUGAAAAUUGGAACGAUGGAUCCAUAGAUAACAUCGCUCUCUUCUUAUAUUUCUGA